CACAUAUUUGUCUUAGAAAUCGUGGCCGCUUGUUGUGCACGAGCCAAGUAAUCAAGUUGCUCAAUUGGAAGGACCGAAAGCCUUUCGCAAUCGCGUCUCCAGUGGUGUUAGUAGGAAUCGUGGAUACACCAACAACCACAACAACAACAACAACAACAACAAGGAUUUGUUCUUUAUAGAGAAAAAAACUCCAAGCCAUUGAGGGCCCAAUUCUUGAGCUGGACUCUAUGGACAUUGAAGAAUUUCGUUUCUCUAACCGCAAUCGUCUUUACAUUGGCAAUAUGCCGAAAGAUAUGGGAAAGGAGAAACUUAAGGAAAUGUUUGAACCAUACGGAGAGAUUAACGAUCUCUUCGUCAAUGUGCAGAAGAACUUAGCCUUUCUCAAGAUGGAUUUCCAUCAGAAUGCGGUUAAGGCCAAGCGUGCCGUGGAUGGUUCGAUUGUUAAUGGACGCACAUUGCGCGUUCGUUUUGCCCCAAGUCAUCCGUUGGUGCGUGUUACCAAUUUGUCGGACUGUGUGUCGAACGAGUUAUUGCAUAAGGCUUUCGAGAUCUUUGGGCCAAUUGAGCGUGCUGUCGUUGUGGUUGACAAUCGUGGCAAUCAUAAGGGCGAGGGCAUUGUUGAGUUUGUAAUGCGAUCAUCGGCAAUGAACUGUUUGAGCCUAUGCCAAGAGCGAUGCUUUCUUCUAACUGCCAAAUUGCGUCCGUGCAUUGUCGAGCCCUUGGACAUCAAUGAUGACGACGAUGGAAUGUCGGAAAAGAUGAUUGCGAAAUCACAAGCCUUUAAUGAGGAACGUUCCGUUGGUCCACGUUUCGCUGAUCUCUGUUCAUUUGAGCAUGAAUACGCCACUAAAUAUAAAUGUAUAAUAGAGUAUUAUAAAAACAAGGCAGCUGCUCUUCAACGCGAACUCAAAUACGAAGAACAAAAAUUGGAGGACGAGUUGGACUACGCUCGAACUAUGCGCGAAACGGAGUUGUUGCGAAAAGAGUUAAAGCGUCGUGAGGCUGACGAGGAGCGUCGCAAAUUGGAGUUGCGAAUGCGUCACAAGCAAAGUCAACAAUUGUUUUCGCUUGAGGCUGAUCAAUUUCAUCGUCAGUCAGAUUUGCUGGCGCCACGUUUUAGUCGGGACAGUGGAACUGGUUUUGGAGCUUUUUGCGAUUAUAAUAGUCGCGACUCUAAUUUGAACAGUAGCCCAUUUGUUGUUUUCGGAGAUCCAAAUGAGAACUCGUCUUAUAAUCAACAGGACGAGGUUGAUCUCGUAGAAUCCUAUAAUAUAAGUGAUUCAAACUAUAGCACUGGGAACGAUACCUGGAAUGGAGGCCAAUCGGGAAUACGUCACUCUCUUGAUUAAACUGCCUUUAAGCAAUAUUGUGAUUAAAAUCAGAUGCAAUAAAUUGGUUUA